AUGCAACCUGCAAUGAUGAUGUUCUCCUCCAAAUAUUGGGCUAGGAGGGGAAUGUCCCUGGAUUCUGCUAUGACCCCUGGAGGUGUGUUCAUACCUAGCAACAACACAGGAACAAGUGAAACCAAAGAGGCUAACAAAUGUAGCAAAUCCGAGCCAGCUGCUGAAAUAGAAAAAACAGCAGUUGUCCUCACUUUGAAAAAUGAAGUUGGAGGUUUAUUACAAACUUUGAAAGUCUUCAAGGAAAAAUAUGUGAGCAUUAUUCACAUAGAAUCCAGAAAGCCCAAAAAUGGGAGCUCCGAGGCAGAGAUUUAUGCAGAAUUUGAAUGCACUAAGAAAAAAGCCCAAGAACUAAUUCAUCUGAUAAAGCUUCAGCCAAAUGUCAUCUCCUUGAAUCCUGCAGAAAGAAAAUGGCGGGAAGAUGAAGAACUUGAUGGAGUCCCCUGGUUUCCGAGAAAGAUCUCAGAGCUUGAUAAAUGUUCCCACAGAGUUCUCAUGUAUGGUUCUGAAUUGGAUGCUGACCACCCUGGAUUUAAGGACAAUGUAUAUCGCCAAAGAAGGAAGUACUUUGUGGACGUGGCCAUGAGCUAUAAAUAUGGACAACCAAUUCCAAGGGUGGAGUAUACAGCAGAAGAAAUAAAGACGUGGGGCACAGUGUUCAAAGAACUUAGAAAGCUCUACCCAACUCAUGCCUGCAGAGAAUACUUGAAGAACUUGCCUUUGUUAACAAAAUACUGUGGCUACAGAGAGGAUAACGUGCCGCAGCUUGAGGAUGUUGCAGUGUUUUUGAACGAAAGAUCUGGAUUCACAGUGCGACCUGUGGCUGGAUAUCUCUCCCCGAGAGACUUCUUAGCUGGGCUAGCCUAUAGAGUGUUUCACUGCACCCAGUACGUCAGGCAUGGAUCCGAUCCGCUCUAUACACCUGAGCCGGAUACCUGUCAUGAGCUGCUUGGUCAUGUUCCAUUACUUGCGGAUCCAAAAUUUGCUCAGUUUUCCCAAGAAAUUGGUCUUGCCUCACUAGGAGCAUCUGAUGAAGAUGUCCAAAAACUAGCAACUUGCUACUUUUUCACUAUUGAAUUUGGUCUGUGCAAGCAAGAUGGACAGCUACGAGCAUAUGGCGCAGGACUCUUAUCUUCUAUUGGAGAAUUGAAGCAUGCCUUGUCUGACAAAGCCAUUGUGAAAACGUUUGAUCCGAAAACAACGUGCUUGCAAGAAUGUAUUAUCACCACCUUUCAGGAUUUGUACUUUGUGUCAGAAAGCUUUGAAGAAGCAAAGGAAAAGAUGAGAGAAUUUGCAAAGUCAAUCAACCGUCCUUUCUCAGUGCACUUCAAUCCUUACACCCAGAGUAUUGAAAUCCUUAAGGACACCCGCAGCAUUGAAAAUGUAGUGCAAGACUUGAGGAGCGACCUGAACACUGUCUGUGAUGCUUUAGCAAAAAUGAACAAAUAUUUGGGGAUAUAGAGCAAAUCUGAUAUUCUGUGGACUGAUAAAGGCGUCCAGGCAUUUUCAGCUUCACUACCUGGACAUAAUCUCUAUAGUAAUCAAUUCUCUCUUAUUUCUCCUUUGUAAUAUAUGAUUUUUUUAAUUCAUGUAAAGUACUCAAGUCAUAGCACACUUAUACCCAAAACCUAUGUAGGAUUCACGUCAAACUUACAAGAUCUAGACAGCUGGAAUCUGGGCUGCUGUAGACUGAUGGAGGUGGAAUGAGUCCGUGAUUUAGCUGACAUAGUGCUGGUCUUUAUGGAGGUGAGAAAGUAGUCACCACUGAAUUAUAUCUUUAAAGGGGUUGGCCACUAUAUAAGUACUUUACACAACAUUGUUGUAGGCAAGGUAAAAAUGAGUUUCCAAAUAUACUUUAUUUAAAAAAUCUGCUAAUCUUUUUAUAGUAAGCCACGCCUCUUGAGCCCCGCUCUGCCGUGCAGCCAGUUCGUCCAUGCCUUUAUUGUAACUGCACAUGCGCUGCUCUCCUAAUCUGCCUAAGAGCAGCGCAUGCCCAGUCUGCCCCUGCCACUUGUGUGCUCCCUGUUCCAUCUCUGACAGGAAUCCGCUGUUUGUUAUGUCAGUGCAAACAGCUUAUUCCUCUCAAGAGUUCGGAGCUGGGAGUCUAGUAAGAGCAUAUCUAAUGUCCUGUCUACAAUGAGGGUGGUCCCCGGCAGAUCGCUGUAAUUGGCUAGUCUGUACAGACUAGUCAAUCACAGGCCGUGACUGUGGGGAUCAGAACCUUCUAAAAUGUGUGUAUAUAUAAUAUCUCCCCCUGUGGGAUCCAGCCCCCAUUGUGCCCCCAAAUUUCUUCUUAUAGCUUAUAUAAUUUUUUUUAAAUUGUAAAAGUAGGGAAAAUAAGAAAAGUAGACAUAUUAGGUAUCGACUGGCUCUAUAAAAAACUCACAUAAUCUAACCCCUCUGAUGAACACCGGCAAUAAUAAAAAAAAAAAGCCAAUUUUUUUGUCACCUUACAUAACUUAAAGUGUAACGCCAAGUGAUAAAAAAGUCGUAUGGCCCCCAAAAUCAUACCAAUCUAAC